GGAAGCCAUAAAAAAAGGAAAGAUUGUCAACUCAAGAGCACGUAAGCUUCUGCUUCUCUGCUGCAGUUUCUGCUGUUCUCCUUCGCUACGGGUAGAAACACUGGUCGCCACUGAAAGACCAACAUGGGGUGUUUCUUUUCCAAGAAAUCCAAAAGAAAGUCCUCCGAAAAAGAUGAACGUACGCCGACAACCACGACCGUCGACACCACGACGGCGACAAGCAACGCGGUUCCCCUUGGCAACAACACCGACGAGCAGCCGAAGCAGUACAGCUGGGACAAGAGAGAGAAGGUUGACCCCAAAGACUACAUGCUGACGGGGCUCAAAGACGUCACGGUGGGCCGUCUGCCCGGCAAACUGAACGGCCAACAGUUUGUCAUCCAAGACUGCGAGAACUGCAACAUCUUCGUGUUCGACCACUCGGCGACCAUCACCAUCGACGACUGCGUCAACUGCCGCAUCGUGCUGGGACCCAUCAAGGGCAGCGUGUUCUUCAGAGACUGUAAAGACAUCAAGUGCGUGGUGGCCUGCCAGCAGUUUCGCACACGAGACUGUAAAAAGAUGGAGGUGUUCCUGUGCUGCGCCACGCAGCCCAUCAUCGAGUCCUCCACGGGCGUGAAGUUCGGCUGCUUCCAGUACUUCUACCCCGAGCUGGCGUUCCACUUCAAGGACGCCGGGCUCAGCAUAUUCAACAACAACUGGAGCAACAUCCACGACUUCACGCCGGUGUCCGGAGAGACCAACUGGAGCUUGUUGCCAGAGGCUUCGGCCGUUGUGGAUGUUAUACCCAACCCGGACCGCGAGUCGGAGUUCAAGUCGGUUCGAAUCUCAACCGACCCGACGCGCAGCAUCGUUCCUUUGACGAAGGGAGGGAGGCGUAAGGACAGUGAAGAGUCCUGCCUCUUCGUUUUCUUCGCUGGAGAAUACACCACUGCAAACGCCCGCAAGCUGAUCGAUGAGGCGGCUGCUAAAGGCUUCGUUCUGAUCCAGACGAAGGAAGUGUCGAUGCGACCUGAAGAUGUGAAGCGAGUGUUUCAGCACAGUGCAGAGGACCUGGUGGACUGCGUCACCAAAGGUCCGGUCAUCGCCCUCGAGCUGAACGGCGCCGGCGUGGUGGACGCCUGCAGGAUCAUCGCCGACGAAGUGUUCAGCGGGACGAAGGUUUUUGUCUCGGAUAAUAAGAAUUCUUCCUCUCGAGACGUCGAUAACUUCUUCAACUUCGCAGACAUGCAGAUGGGCUUGUGAAUGAGUAUGACCCCCCCCCCCCUCCCGCGCAGCUCGGGCUCAAUAUGAGUAACGUUUGAUUUGUUGCCUGUUUUUGAGAAAGCAGUGAAACAUUCAGGAUAAAACGAUGCAGCUCCUCCAACAGCUGUACACGUAACAUCCUGUAGUUCUCAGACUGCUGUGAAUAUUUAUAUUUCUAUGAAUUCUGUUGCUUUUUAUCGAUCUGUGAAUGUAGCUCUUUGCUGGAAAUGUGAUUUUAAUGUAAAGCUUUCUUUAUGAAACAAACCAUGAGCAUGCACAUGCCUGAGGGGAAACCUUUUCUAUAUAAACCGUGUUUGUGUUGAGCGCUAGAUGAUGUGUGUAUUUGAUGCUGUGUAGACGAUGACUACAUCUGCUGUCAAAGUGUAAUCGUGUCUUCACGCAGAACAACUGAUCAAUGUCGACGACUCGCGUCACCAUUUUGUAAUGUUUGUUUUAUACUCUACUCAAUGUUUUUGUACGGACACAAAGUUAUCUUCUUGAUCAUCAUUUUUAGUAAAAUGUUUCAUGUGACUUUAUUUAGUUCUAAAACCUUUUCCCUCGUAAAGCGUUUGGAAAAGCUGUUUAUAGGAGACGAACACGAGCCGACGUAUCGAACUACAGACGAUGAGAACAAUCCUCCUGAGGUAGUGAAGGCUUUAAAGGAUCUUCGUUCACUUUGGAGGCCGGAGAGAGAAACUAAGGUUUCAGGGAACACGAGGAGAGAAACUGAUUUUAAAACGAUCAUUUUGUGGUGAAAUAUUCCUUUUUAAUGGCGUUAAAGAAACGUUCCAUCAUGUGGCGGUGAGGUGGACGGGAAACCUUCCAAAGUUCACCUUUUACAAGCUGUAAAUGUGAAUCAUGUCCGACUGCAUGUAUUUGUGUUGAGCUGGUAAAAAGUUAGUGAUUUAUUUUCCUUCCGUGUUACAGAAGCACAGAUUUGUGGUUUGAAAGUCUUUUUGCAGAAUGUUUGUCUUCCUCCGUGAACCAGUGAGCUGCUUUCACUUCCACGUUCUUCAAACUGCUUUUUCAUCGUCUGCUCGUCUCCAUCGUUCCAGUCGACGCGCACAGCUUUUAAUAUUCAUUAUUCAGCGAUCAGUGAGAGUGCAACACGGUGUACAGUUGCCUAUAAGAGGGAACAUAGGAACGUCGUGUGACGUACUUUUGUAUUUGUAAACCUUUUGUACUUGAGCAUACAGUGUUUGUGUUUAGAUGAAUGUGUCUUAAUGAACGCACAUCUUGUCUGUAAUGAGUUUGGUCUUUACAUUAAACGCUGUAGAAUGUG